AUGUCGGAACCUGCUGCCAAGAGGGCCAAAACCGAGGUGCCCGAAGCAACAGCGACUGCGGAAGAAGUCAGCGACGUGCUGUUGGACUUCGGAGGGGACACGAUUCCGGUAGGCUCUCAGUUGCUUCGCUUGGCGUCUCCGGUGUUCAAUCGCAUGCUUGUGAGUGGUAUGAAGGAAGCACAACACAGCAUCAUCAAGGUGGAAGUGGCCAGCAAGGAGGAGUUCAAGGUCUUCUACGACUUGCUUGGGCCCUUCUCAUGGAGCAACGACAAAAUAUCCGAGGCAAAUGUUGAUACACUCCUUGCAAUCAGCGACUACUACCAAGUGGAUAUCGUGAAGCAGGGCUGCGAACAGUUUCUGCUUGGUCUUCCACCCACCGGCGACCGACUCCUACAAGCUCAGAAGCAUGGCCUCAACAAACAAUAUCAAAGAUGCAUUGUGAGUAUAGCAAAGGAGGGCACAAAGGAUGACUUGCUCGCUCUCCAGAGCUAUCCGGACAUCCUCCUCGACGUGGCCCUUAAGCAGCAACAGCAGCCACAACAGUCCAAAGCGCUUGCCAGCAUGAAGCGUGAGAUCACCGCGUGCAGAAAGCUCGUCGGUCAGCUUCCUUCAGGUGUUGGUGGCGACAAGGUCUUCUUGAACGGCGCGCCCUUCAAAGGCUUCAAUGCCUAUGAGGUUCUUCAAAAAGUGGAGAAUUUGCUGUGA